AUCACCGGUGCGCUGUGUCCCUCGGACACAGCGGAUCAUGGAAAGAGCCGAAGAUGUCGGCUCGGUCAUGUGAUCAGCUGUGUCCAAUCACAGCUGAUCACAUGGGACAUGUACACUGAUCAUCAGGGCACUGAUGAUCAGUGUGCCCUGAUGAUCAGUGUGGCCCCAGAAGUGCCAUCUGUCAGUGCUCAUCAGUGCCACAUGCCAGUGCCCAUCAGUGCCACAUCAAUGCCACAUAUCAGUGCAUACCAGUGCACAUCAAUGCCACAUAUCAGUGCCUAUCUGAGCUGCCUUUCAAUGUCACCCAUCAGUGCCAGUCAGCGCCACCUAUCAAUGCCAAUCAUAUUAAUGCCAAUCAGUGUCACCUAUCAGUGCCACCUAUCAGUGCCAGUCAGUGCCGCCUAUCAGUGCCAC